AUGAGAUUCCGACAGAUCUUUGUGACCAUCAAUAUGUUGAUGGACCACACUACUUCUAGUCCUCUCAUCCCUCAACUUGAUAUGUCCGCCUCCGCCAACCCAAGUAAAAUAGCCAGCCAAGUAGCUUCUGGAUCAAACGGUGUGGUCUACCCAGCUACCACUCAACAAUACAAUCAGAAGCUGGAAGAGGCAGCCCAAGUUAAAGCAAUGGCAGAGAAGACUUAUGGUCCUCCAUCUUAUCCCAUCCAUCGUGAUAGGAAGAUGCAGGAGUUGCAGUACGUUAAUGGACCACCAGGAUCUGUACCGUCAACUCCAGAACAAAUGACACAAAUUUCAAAUGCCGCUCCGACAGACUCCAAGAGCCAUGGCUUUGACAAUCUCAAGGUCGUAGUGCCAUUAUGUAUAGUAGGAUUUUUGGUAGCAAUCUUAGGACCUGUCUAUAUGUGGCAUGUAUUAGAUUGCUUUGAGGAUAAAGAAUCUGCCACAGAGAAGGCGUACGAGACCCCAUCUUGA